GGGUACUUGAAAAGUUAUAUAUACAAAUAAAAGGUAAAGUGCAAUGAAAACAUUUAAAAUAAUUUACUUGAAAUUUUUCCCUAAUCUCCAAGUAUUUGGGAUGGGUCUCGGUUGACUUCAGACGGCUUUUUUUAAUGGGCUUCGCUUAGAUAGACUUCCAAUUUCUUUGGGUGCCUCUGGGGCCUUCAUACUUUGUGACAACACGUGUGUGGGCCCAAAGAAAAUAGGACAGAGGGGAAAGCUAUUCGGAAAAUAAUAAUAGCUACCGUACCUUCGAAAUAAAUUUUAUGUGACACAUUGCAUCGUUUUUCGGUAAAAAGUUUGUCGUAUUCAGGAGAUAGAUUGGACGUGUGGCUGCUCUCAAGAUAUCGUCCAAAUGAUCAUCACACAAACGUGAGCGUUGCUUGCAUUUAUUCAUGUUCAUUAUUGAAACUAUCUGUUGACAUCGAGAUGUGUUCCCAAAUACCCGGUACAGUCAAAGUUUUUAGUGCAACUUCGUCCAGAUUUGUGUACUUCUUACGGUCCAGAUUUUUGUACUUCUUACGGUCCAGAUUUGUGUACUUCUUACAGUCCAGAUUUUUGUACUUCUUACAGUCCAGAUUUUUGUACUUCUUACGGUCCAGAUUUGUGUACUUCUUAUGGUCCAGAUUUUUUUACUUCUUACGGUCCAGAUUUUUGUACUUCUUACGGUCCAGAUUUGUGUACUUCUUACGGUCCAGAUUUGUGUACUUCUUACGGUCCAGAUUUUUGUACUUCUUACGUCCAGAUUU